AUGCAAUCGGCAAUAGCUCUGGAUACCCAUGCUCCUCCUGGAUCCUCUGGAUACCUAACGGGACUAUUGUCCCGGGCACGUGCAGCUCAUCCAGACCUUCCCUUGGACUCUAUGAUCUUACGGAGUCUCCUAACAUGUCUCAUAGCUCGGCCUCAACCUGUGGGCAGUGUGAAGCUCGAGCCAAACUCAGGUUCACACUGUGGGCUACAUCUUAUCUUACGAACAAAGGAAGAGGAUGUUGGUAUGGUGGUGAAUGUUGCGACGCUGACUCAUGAUGGCGACCGUGACGGCGAAGUAAAAUAG